CAAAUAUUGAUUUAAUGUGCGAAAACGACUCGAAAGUGAUAUACAUUUCACUCUUGUCAAAAUUAAGGAACGGAUGGUUGACCUCACGCUUUUGUUGUGUCCAAUAUUGUGAGAAAACGUAGCGGCGAUUCGUACCGAAGGUCAUGCCUCGCAUUUUCGAGGUUUUAGUCAUAAUUGUCGUGAAUUUAGUACAAUUCUAUUCUAUUUUCGACAUAUACUAUACAUCCCCACUUACACAUGGUAUGAAUAUCAUCCCGUUGAAUAUUAGUGCUCCAACGACUCACGUCAUCUUCAUGGUUUCCGAUGGGCUUCGAGCAGACAAAAUAUUCAGUCAAGAUAUGAAAUAUACUCCCUUUUUAAGGUAAUUUAGCGGUUAUAUUAAAAUUAAAACUUGGUUUUGGAUUCGCCCUCUAGUCGUUUAACGUUCUUCCUUAUUAAUAAGGAAUUUUCUUUGCCUCGAGGUUAUCGGUAUUCUUGGUCAGUAUAUGAACUAUGGGCCAAGAAGUAACCAAAUAGUUGAAGAAACGAGUUAACAUCGGUGGGCUGAGUUAUUAAUUAAGCUUAAUAAGGUGUAGCCUGUGAAUUGAUGCACGGCUGUAGCUAACUUUAAACACAAAACCUGUUUCUUAAACCCAUAAUUUGGAACCGAUUCGGGAAUCUUAACUAAAUGGACUAUUAUAACCCAUAUAGAUCCGAGUUACUCUUUAAUUCUGUGAAAUUGUUGUCAUGUUUAGAUUCAGGGAACCCAAAUUUAUUUGCACUCACCUGCUCCUGCUUUUCAGUUGCAUUCAUGGAUCCGUAAUAAUCCAUAAAAGUAGCUCAUCCUUCCGACAUUCGUUUUUGAAAUAGUCUUAAAAUCAUUAUAUCAACAGAAAGUCAUUCAUUUGUGCAUUUUUCAUCCAAAAGUCGCUUUUAAAACCUCUUGGUCUCUACGAUUUUCAUUUAGUUUGGGUUGAAGCUAUUGCUUACUGUCAAGAGAGAAUAUAUUGCUAAGAGUCACUUGGAUUUUAAGAUCCACUUUUCACUUUCAACACAAACUGUUUACCAAGGUUGUUGAAUCUUCCGAGCGUUGAAUUUUUAAGAUGUUCACAAAUCACUAUUAAUUAAUUACUUCAUCUGUGUUAUUUUCGAAGCAUCAAUUCUACAUAUUUGUUGAAAUUGUCUAUCAGUUACCAUUAACAGGGUUUGUCGUUUUUUGUUGUUAUUUAUCCUGAAAUAUUUCUUUCGCUCGGGAAAUUUCAUGAAUAUAUAAGGAUCUUGCGGAUGAAAAUAUCAAUACCGGUAUCGCGUGAACAUGCGAAAUCAGAUAACUACGAUACCUUCUCUUUUAUUUAUAACAGUAGAAAUCUUAUCACUACGUAUAUUUUUGGCCGUACUAAAACAAUAUUCUUACGAAAUGUUCUACUUAUUUCUUUCCAAGAAUUUUUAUAUUUUCCAGUUUUUGGUCAUUUAUGCAAAAGGGUCCCGCCUUUACCACUUAAUAAUGCUUAUUGUUUAUCAACAUACAUCAAAUUGAAGACGUAAGUUUGAUUUGACUAAAAUCUCAUAAAAGGUGCUUAUGUAUUAUUCAUGUGCUGUACUUAUUUUAUGGUCUGCUGUAUCAUAGAACUAUCAAACUAUUUAUGAUAUUGUCUCUAUAAAACACAGCAACUAAAAUUUAACGAAGCAUCUUGAGUCUAAUGCUGAAGGAAAUACAUUCAGAUUUCCAUGUUCUGUAAUACUAUUCGGAUCGCCUUUUACACACUAUAGGGUCACUAGAAUGCACAGGUAUUCACUUUAGUUACGAUGUUCUUUUUUGGAUAUUUGUCUAUACAGAGAUGUCCUCCUACACCGUGGUUUAUGGGGUGUUUCGCAUACAAGAGUCCCUACCGAGUCAAGACCCGCACACGUGGCUAUGUUGGGAGGAUUCAACGAAGAUGUGGCUUCUAUAACUAAAGGAUGGAAAGUGAAUCCUGUGGAAUUCGAUUCUGUACUAAACCGUUCUUUUCUGGCUUGGAUAUGGGGUUACAAGGAAGUUGUCAUGUCAUUUGUUCCUCCCUCUACAAAUCAUAUUAAAGCGACUCCUUGUCCUGAUGAAUUAAGUGACCUGGCUAAAACAAAUCCUACUGAAAUCGAUCGAUGGGUUGUCAAUCAGUUUCUGGAUUUCAUUGAUCAUUCGGGUGAUUUUUUUGAUAACCUUAAUACAACGUCUAGCGAUUACCGUCAAGGUCGAAUGAUAUUCCUACACUUGGAUGCAGCUGAUAUGGUUGGUCAUUCUUUUAAACCUGAUUCACGUGAAUACACUGAAGUUCUUCGUAAUUUGGACAAUGUAGUCUUUCAAGUUUAUCACAAGCUAACUGAAAAGUCUCGUGGAACUGAUUCACGUAUUGCCUAUAUCUUUACUUCUGAUCAUGGAAUGACUGAAUGGGGAAGUCAUGGGUCCGGUUCUUUUCAUGAAACAGUAACACCCUUGUUAAUUUGGGGCUCUGGUAUCGUUGGUCCAGUGGAAAUAGAAACAGGUGUGAACAAUCUAUUGGGGGAUAAAAUAGACAUGUAUGGUUUACCACUGCAUAAUUAUGGACGUCUUCGACGUGAAAUUCAGCAGGCUGAUUUAUGCCCAUUAAUGGCUAGUCUUUUGGGUGUCCCAAUCCCAGUCAAUUCUAUAGGUCAAGUUCCUGUUGAAUUUUUGAAGAUUCCUGAAUAUGAUAAAGUGAAGUUAACACGAGCGAACUGGCUUCAAAUAUAUGGGCAACUUAAGAUUAAGUACGCUGAAAAAAAGAAAUCUCACUUCAGUAUUUUGUUCCGAGAAUUCCCAUCUUUAAAAAUGUCAGAUAUUAAUAAUAUGGAAAAUGUUUGUGAAUCACUUAUUUCUUCUGGAAAGUAUCAUGAAGCAAUUCAAGAGUACAAACACCUAACUAGUUUGGCUUUAAACGGACUGAACUAUUAUCAUAAAUAUGAUAGAUUAUACUUAGGAUUUUGUGUAUCAUCAACAUUCUUCUUAUGGAGUCUAGUGAUAAUUUGUCGUUUAUUUGAUCGAAGCGAUAAUGUAGAGUGUACAAACCAUGAAAGUUAUUUAAAUAGUUUCUGUUGGACAUUGAUUAAUUGUAUUGUGAUUGGAUUCGGUCUAUUAGUUUUGACUUUUGCUAAUUCUUGGUCAUUUGGACCUACUGUAUAUCAACUGGUUCCACUUAUUCUAGUAUUAUCAUUAAACUAUUCAACAACUCGACGAAAACAACUAUUAACCUUGAUUAAUUAUAUAUGGAAUGGAUUGUUCUCGACAAACUAUGAAGUUCCAUCUCUUUAUACUGUUUGUUCAAUUACAUUUGCUUCUAUUUGUUUGCUUGAAUUGCUUAUCUGGGGCUUUUUUCAUCGUUAUCUACUAUCUUUGGCAUGUUUAUUGUUUGCCCUGUGGCCUUACAUAGAUCAGUCGUUUAGACCACAUGAAAAGUUAAUUCUUUCUUUGUGGCACAUUUCGUGUUGUGGUUUGGCUAUAUUUCCUCUAUUACCUGCCAUUGGAUCAAAUAUGUGUCCAACAAUUGUAUUUAUAACUGGUCUUAUUCUUACACCAAUAUCAAUUAUUUCCUUUCGGUUUGUAUCAAAUUCCCAAAAUCAUCUUUUUAUAUGGCUUGGUUAUUUGUUCGGUUUUGUAAUUUGUCUUUCAAGUUUUGCUGUUUAUGCAAUGAGUUUCUCAGUGAUACGUACGGGGAUAUUGAAGAUUAUUAUUCACAUAUUUAGUUGGUCUGUGAUUAUACUUCUACCGUUGUCAGUGAUCCUUCUAGUUCCAACACGUCUUGGACCUCGAAUGAUUGGAUGGACAAUCGUUUAUGUUGUUCCACUUUUACUAAUGAGCACUUAUUAUGAAGUUUCAUUCUUUGCUGUAUUCGCUGUAGUCACCUACUUAUGGUUUUAUAUAGAAACGAAACCACUAACAUUAAUUCUAAAGGAUAAUAUCAGGGUUUGGGAUCUUGGGACAUCGAUUGACGACAGCAUUCAUUUAGCUAUUCAGAUUCAAUAUCCGUACAGUGAAAAUCCGUUAAACCUGAAGAGAUUUCGUCAAUCACUUUUCUUCAUAUUUCUUUUGAUAAUUGGAUUUUUUGGUACCGGGAAUAUUGCUAGUAUAAACAGUUUUGACCCACGUUCAACCUUUUGCUUCACGACAAUAUUAAAUCCUGCCCUGAUGGCCAUUCUUUUGUUAAUUAAGGUAAUGUGUCCUAUGCUCUUUUUGGGUGUGAUCUAUGCUGCUAUCCAGUUACAUAAUGGCAAUCCAGACAAUUACUCGUCGUCUAUCAACAGUCAAAGAUCGAAAAGAGGAUAUCACUCUAUUUUGGCGCAAACUGGUGUGACUGCAGUAUUAUCUAACCUAAUAGCUAUCCACUUCUUUGUUUGGUUGAAAGACGAAGGUAGUUGGUUGGAUAUAGGGACUAGCAUUAGUCAUUACGUCAUCGCUAUGUCUAUUAGUUUAGCUGGAUUUCUUUUUACAUUAUUGGGAAGGGAAAUGUUAAGUUUUUCAGUGAAUUCUAACAUAAAUCAAAAGCUGUUGAAAGUAUCUAAUAAACAUGUAUAAUAACUAUCUUUCUGAUUAUAUGUUGUUAUUAUUAUCCUUUGAAAAGUAUUGGACUUUGAUUA